CGUUUGCAAAGCAACGGAGAGUUGUUGAUGGUAGUGGAGUACUGAUUUGUUUUUUUUUUAGUUGGUGAAUAACGGGCUGCGAAUGUAGAAAAUGGCCUUCGCAGGCAAUAUUCAGACAUCACGUAAAAAUAGUCCUUCAGAAAAUUUCCCUUUUCGUGUGAGCCCCGGAAGGCAAGACGAGCUGUUGGAAAAUGAAUUUGUUAGCGGUAGGCAGACCGAGUAUGAUCAAAAUUAUAUCCCCUUUCAAGACGAUAGUAAGCCCGCUCUCCGACGAGAUUAUCUUCGGGAAAUGUACAAGAAGAAGCUAACACAAACAUUGGUGAAAAAUGCCAACGAGCAGCUGGAAACGCUGCACCGGCAGGAAGUGGAACGAAAACCGUUGCGUAAAAGAAUGAACUAUUAUAUGGCGAAGGAUAACAGCAACGAUGCGCAGUAUAGCUUGCGACGAACGGAUGAUGCAGUUACGUUUUGGAGUUGCCGGAAUCGUCGAAAUGCGAAUCACCGACGAAACAACGAGUUCACCAAACCCCAUGAUGAAAAAUUGGAUGUUCAAUUUGAAUGA